GCAGUGUUGUGUUCUGUGAUGUCUAACCUCUAAACUAAAGUAUAUUAAUUAUUUGUUGUGAUAUUCUGUGAUAAUUUAUUUGUUGAAAUGGAUAAACGACACAAUAAAGUUGUGGCUUGGCUACAACAAAUAGAAAGUGAGAGGUCUUCAAUCAUAACCUCUUUAGAUUAUUUAAUAAAAAAGGUUAAUACUAAACUCAAUGAUGGGGUGAAAAAGAAAGACUACAUAGGGAUAAUCAAGUAUGAAAUGAAAGUUUUGGACAAACUUUUGGCAGUUAGCUUAAAUUUAGAUACGUUUAUUCAGGAUGAACUGUACGAUGAAUCAGAUAUGAACAGUGAAAAAAGUGUACAAAAGAUAAACGGAACUGGUGAUUGUUCAAGUAACUUAACUGAUGCCACGAUAAGUGACACAAAUGCAUUUAAAGUAGAUGAAACCCUUUCCACAACUAAUUGUUUAAAUAAAGAAGACUUGCUUCAUCCGUUUUCUAACCAGUCUUGUAAAACAAGUGCUGAAAUUAAUUGUGAAUUAGACAACUCAAAUAAUGUGCCUUCAACAUCAGAUUUGGCACUUUCUACAUCAGGUUCGGCACAUUCAACAUGUGACCCUGUUGAAGAGGAUACAAUGCCAAACACACAAAAUUUGGGGUUGACUGAAAAUUUGAAUGAUCCUAAUGUAGCAGAAAAAGACAUUGAAUGUGUAGAAAGUAAAUUAUAUUGUGCCAACAGUAGUGUAAAUAAUUCUAUAAAUAAAGAAUUGCUGGGACAUGUUUCCAAUCAGUUUUGUAAAACAAAUGCUGAAAUUAAGUCUGAAUCAGAUAACUCCAGUAAUGUGCCUUCAACAUCAAGUUUGACACCUUUAAUAUCAAGUUCGGCACAUUCAACAUGUGACCCUGAAGAGGAGGAUGCAAUGCCAGAAGGAAAUUUAAGUAAACUCACACAAAAUUUGAGGCUGACUGAAAAUUUAGAUGGUCCUAAUGUAGCAGAUAAAGACACCGAUCCAAGUAAAUAUGUGAUUGAUUAUGCCAACAGUACUGUAAAUAACACUUUUAAUGAUAAUCAUGGUCAAAAGGCAAUUGUCUAUGCUGACAGUCAUAAGGUUAAUCUUAAUAAUAGCCUAGUAAUGCAUAAACAUAAUUUACCUCCAAUAAAUGGAAAUAAAUGUAAUAAAAUAAUAAAUAAUCUGAAUAAAAAAAGGAAAAAUAAAGGGAAAAAUAAAAAAUGUUAUGAAAUAUUGGACCAGGAUCCACCAGAGGUGGGUACAGAAUGUGUUUUUAGUCAUGUGGAAUGUCCAGAUCAAUUUUACAUUCAUUUAGUAGGGCAUAACUCAUUGAUUGACAGUAUGCCAGAUCAAAUAGAAAAAUCAUUACAAAGAAAAAUACGCUAUAGAAACAAAGAUGAAGCUCAUAAUCAACUUGGAAGGUUUUGUGUUGCACACACCAGAGAUAAAAUAUGGUGCAGAUGUGAAAUCCUCAAAUGGUUUCUGGAAAAGAAAACCAACGAGGUUUUAAUAAAAUUAUGUGACUACGGCAAUAAUUGUUUAAUAGACUUUAAAAUGUUGCAACCAAUAACUGACGAGCUGGCAAAAAUUCCAAAAUUAGCAAUUAAAUGUAAAUUGCCGUUGUUAUAUCCUCCGGGAUCCACUCACUCAAACAUAUUGAGCAAGUGGCCUCAAGAAACGAUAGAAGCUUUGACUCAAAUGAGUGAGUUAUUCAGUGACUCACCUGACAUGAAUAAAGUUUUUGAAAUAGUAUAUUGUGGUAAAUUUGAUGACUCUCUUGUUGUUGAUCUUUAUAACACAUCGAGGAACGAUGCAGAAGAAACUGUAGGCCAAAUUUUACUUGAUCUUGGGCUUGCUGUUCAAUUACUAAUAAGUGAUUCCGAUCUAAACAAUUCAGAAGUAGAAAAAUACGAGACAACUGAGUGAGGUGUUACUGAUGAAGUAAUUCAGGACUAAAAUAUGUAGACGCAAAUACCGGAUGUGUUAUUGUUAUAGAAACUUAUUUAUACAGAAUAAACUGUUUUAUA